CAUUUGUUGAAAGUCUGAUCGUCGUGAUCUGGGAAAAGAGGUUACCGAACAAACAGCUGCAAAGUUGCCCGACUAUUCUCUUGCCGUGAUGGACGACGAGCGCCAACAAGAGGACUGGGCGAACAGCCGCAAGAACCGACUGCCUUCGUUUACCGAGGUUCUGUCGCGCCGAACGCGUCCACCCGUCGAUCUCUUCAUGUUCUAUCUUUUCCUCCAACGCGAGGGCGCCGAAGAUAUUCUCGACUUCUGGUUGGAUGUCCAGCAACACGAAAAUCUCUGUCGCGCAUACUUCAAGGAUGUGCGGAAGUCGGGGCGCACGAUCAAGGAGGACUGGCCUCAGUACUGGGAUUACGCGCGACGGCGGGGUUCUAUCUACGGCACGGUCGUGGGAAUGAAUGGGGACGGGGCUGCCACCAAGCGGAGUACGGCGAGCACGAACGAACUCCUGAGUGAGGCGGACAGGCGAUACUUGGCCGAUACAGACGAGAAGUACGGUGCAUCAACAUCCCCGCGGCCAAUCGGUUCGGAGCACACCCGUGUUGCUUCAACAUCUCCAGAUCCGUACGGUAGCCGUGCCCGCUCCGUCUCGCCGUUUGGAGUCAAUGGCCAAGGCCGCACACCGACCCUAUUCACGAUGAAACGCGCAUCGCGAGCGCCGACCGUCAUUCCUCGCUCAGCCGCGAUCACCCGGCUCAAUCUGAUCGCGAGCGCAGAGCGAAUCUACUACCGAUAUCUUUCUCCAGCCGCUAACACCGUCAACGCCAGCGAGAACCACGAGAUCUACCUCCCCCCGUCCCUCCGCGUCCACUCCUUCCCUCUCUCCUCUUCCCAAGAGCCCCGGAAUGCUGCAGAGCUCAGCUUAAUGGCACAAAUCCCGGAUCUCUUCCAUGCACAGAAGGAGUAUUGCUUCAGGGCAAUGGAGCAAGAUGCAUUUCCACGCUUUUUGCGGGCCAAGGCUUUUGGAAAUCUCACACCCAUCUCCUCGCUUGUGCGGCUGGUCGUUGGAUUAUUGACUUUGUGGGUCGGUCUUGCCGCCGCCUUCUCUCUCCUAUUCCUUGACGUGCAGCCCAAGUCUAAGCGAUUCUUCCUCUUCAUCCCAUUCACGAUUGCUGUCUUGUGCUUGGUCUCUCACCAAUACGAGCUGGACCCGAUCCUCGUUUUCUUCGGGCAGUCUGAAACCACUCCUUUCCGCACUUUGCGGAUUCGCGAACCCUACGUGAAGAAGCUGCUGCUGGGUCGAGCCAUCUGGGUGUCCAUUCUAGUGGCUGCUUUCGUUGCCGCCUUGACCCUCCUGUUCUGGGCUGUUCCAGGCCACAGGCUGUAGGCAACUUGUUGUUCCACGAAAUUGAUGAAUUAUUCCAAUAAGAUACCCUGCACGUACUCCGUCUUCGUCGUUCCUUUUGUUGUUCAUAUCAUCUCCUCGCCUUGCCUAGCAGCCGUUUAAUAUCUCCUUGCUUAUCCAGUACUUCAAGUGUGGAUGAUGGUUAACAUAAUACGUGUGUAUAAACCAUACGUUGUACUACGGACGGCUAUCUUCCUGAGAAUCGGAUGAACGGAAUCAUGAAGACGAAUGCGAGCAAAACGACGAUGAUGGACACCAUCGUCAACCAGAACGUCGACCCGGUCUUGCUUCUGAGAUCACGCGUCAUUAUACGCGUUUUCUGCAUGUAACCGAAGUUGCCCUCCAAUUUGGAGUCGACCUCCUCCAUCGCCAACUUGUCCUUCUCCAAUAAGUCCGAAAAAUGAACUGCGUUGCGCUUGAGCUGUUCGGCCAUCAUCGCCAUUUGUUCGCCCAUAGCGCGCUGUCUGGCUGUCGUCCCGGCUUCCAAUGCGGUGCUUGAUGCGGUCGACUUGGUGGGCUUCUGAGACGACAGUAUUGGCGGUGUGUAUGCUGGAGGGGGAACGUCCCGCGCCGAGUCCAGUAGAUUGUCCAGGACGGUGGCGGUAGACAGCGAAGCAGAAGCUGGAUCGAGUGUUGGAGAUACCUCGGAAGGGCCAGGGGGCGGUUCUGUCGGCAAAGGAUCUGCGGGAAGAGGGAGCUUGGGAAGCAGUUUCACAGGUCUUGUAGAUUUGGGUGCCGUUGUCUGCGCGGUGCUCGAUCCAAAUUAUCCUCACGCAUGAUUCGUGAGACGCGUUACCUGCUCGUAGGUCUUCAUCAAUGCAUCCAGACGGUCCAGCCGGGUCCUCCACUCCUCGUAACGCUGGGCGGAGGUGCUUUACGAGAUUAUCAGUCGCGGAGCCGUCGAGCGCGACUGUACACACGGGGUCGGAUCGAAGUCCUCCAGCUCGACAUCCGCAAGCAGCUUCUUGGCGUGCUUCACCUUCUGUGGACAUCCUUCAGGGACGCAGGUGCAAAAGACGGGGGCCACAGAAGCGGUACCUGGAGGGACCCCUGCACUUCUAUCCACGCGUUGAACGAGUUGUCGCUCCAGUGAGCUUCGGAUGCAGACUUCUCCAGCCGGCGGAGGAGCCUCUUGAGGUUGAUCUCGUUGUGUAGGGACAUGCUUCGUGCAAGACUUGUGCGGCUGGUGGCGUGUCAGUCAAUGAUCACGCGAUCACCGGGAAGGGUGAGCUGACGUCAGCAAUCACAACAAUUUUGCGUCUCGGACUGUGCUGUCGUCAAAGGUGGUCGACGAGCGCAGACUUACUCAGAGGGACACUUAUUUUGAGCGGUCCUGGGUGCUGAUGCAGACGGAGUGAGUUCUGUGGAUGCAAGUAUCUCGCAUUCGUUGCGCCAUCGGUCUAUUCAGGCAUAGCAGCCGCUGGGCUCCCUCCAAUCUAAAACGCGUCCCGCUUCCCCCAAAACCUGCACCCCCCAUUCCGGGGUUGUUCGAUUCGGUCGCGUCCCUUUAUCAGAAGAACUUUGACGAAUAUGUGGACCCGCUCUACCAGUACCUGUGGAACGUAUAUACCGAGAUGCCGAGUAUUGUCUUGGCGGGAGAUACCUUGGAGAGACGGACACGCACAGUCCCCGUCCUCGGCAAGAAGUUUAGAUUCUUCAACCGCACGGGGACCAUAGACUUCAUGAGUAAUGUGGCGAAAAUUGCGGUUGAAGAGAAGCACGAGCCCAGAAUCACGGUUUUCCUGGGAGCGCAGAGCCAGCACGUCCUGGUCCGCUCAUAUACGCAGCGAACGUUGUCUCUGAGCGAAGACUCUACCUAUAUCAAGCCGGACGAUGUAGCUCCGGGGCUGUCUGGCUACGACCUGCGACUGGCGCUCGGGACGGAAUUGCUAUUCCACUCGAGUAUCGAGGCAGGGGACGCGUUCCCUCUUCUGGCCAUAUCGUCUGCACCUCAUCCCCCCACUGCUCAGGCCAUCCAGUCGACCUUGAAGCGCAGCCGGAGCCGUUCUGCUGAGGAUCGGCUAGACGAUGCCUGGGAACCCUGCGCAACUCAAUUGGGGACCUUGCCUCGCCUCUCUUUGGGCCGCGUCCACAAUGGCCCGUGCACGGACGAAGACAUGGCUAACUACAUGCAGCCACUGUAUCUACGAGGCUGGCGGGCCGCGUUCGUCCCCAUCUUGAACCGCAUGCAGCAGUUCCAUCCGACAUUGUGCCUGACAGGGUUUUUCCGCUUCACGACGCUUGCGGCGGCCGUCUCGUUUGUGCAAGCAGCGAACCUGGCUCGCAAAUCAAAGGACCCGGUCGACCUCCAUUUUCUGGUGGAAUGCCGCACCGUGCAGGCGCAGCUGAUCUUUCCGAGCACACAGACUGCGCUGUCGAUGCGUGACAUUGCACGUGCCUGGGCACUCCAACGCAUAUUCGACACGGAGUUCUUCGAAGUUGCGUGUGUCAGCGAUGUACAUCCGUUUAGAGACGGUGGACGACACCAGCCGCGGACGGUGCAGGCGCUGCACGACACCCGGAGGCCGCUGAGAGGGUUUCAUGUCCGGCAGAAUUCCAGGAAUGUGGCGCGAUGAGUAGCUGGCUCUAGUAAACGUCUAGAUUUUUGGUGGUAACAUGUCAGUAGGAAAUUGGACGGAAGGUUGUUCUGACUAUUGUGAUUCGUGCACCAAGUGCUGCCGGAUGCUUCUGUGCUCUCCGACCCUAUGCAAAGUCGAAUCGAACAAUGCUUCGGACAGCCUGCCCGGGAAAUUACGCGAGAGUGAUUAUCGCCAAGGCAGAUCGCGUGCGUCGAGCCGUCGGCUGCCGCGGCUUUUGAAUUCUUAUUUUUGGCGAGGCCCGUCUUCUCUUGGGAACACUGCACUUUCAGGCUUCCUCUCCAGACUCGAUAGACUUGGCUUGACCUGAACACGAUUUCUCUCGAUUAGCGGCCAAGCUCUGUUUAUGCGUGCCCUUCAAAUUUGCGCAUUCGGCGUGCAUGAUCGAGUACAAACAUCAGUCCCGUGCAGAAUUUAGGAAUUGCCGACAGUUCCAUGGUCAAUAUCUCAUCAAGGCUCGGACCCUUUGGGGUUAGGCUUGUCCUUGUGGUCCAGCGUGGUCCUCCCGACGCUGUCGCCAUAGCGGCGCACUACAGUAUGCAAAUCAAUUUCUCCGAAGCCCGGGAAGAAUUUCAAUAAAUAACUAGCAGGCGCCCAGAAAGUGCAUCGACAACGACCUCCCCUCGUCCUCGUCUUUGCUUUUGUUUCCUCCUUGCCAUGUUCGCCCAGAUCUCCGCUGCUGUCCUCCUCCUCGCCCAUCUGGCUGCGGCUGUUCCUGUUGAGACCUCGCUGGAGUCGCGUGCUGUCGACACCUCGAAGCACUGCGGUCAAUACGACUCUGUCUCGGCCUCCCCGUACACUCUUUACUUAGACCAGUGGGGACUCGGCCCGGGCGUCUCCGGCUCGGAUUGUGCACACAUCAGCUCGUUGAGCGGUGGCGCGAUCGCGUGGGCCUCGACCUGGUCGUUCUCUGGCGGCAACGGCAUCAAGAGCUACACGAACGUUGGCCUGAACCAGGGCAUCAACCGCCAGAUCUCGGCCAUCCGCUCGAUUCCGUCGACGUGGAAGUGGCAGCAGGACCACACCAACGUGGUCGCUGAUGUUGCGUACGAUCUGUUCACCUCCAACAGCGCCGGUGGAUCCAACGUCCACGAAAUCAUGAUCUGGCUCGCCAACUUCAACGCCGGGCCGAUCUCGGCCAAGUAUAACGCGCAGGGUCAACCGGUCCCCAUCGCCUCCGGCUUGUCGUUCGCUGGUCACUCGUGGAACCUCUACUACGGCUCCAACGGCUCGAACGACGUCUACUCGUUCCUGCCCACUUCCGGCGUCAUCACCUCCUUCAGCGGUGACCUCUACACCUUCAUUAAUUACCUCACCUCCAAGGGCCACUUUGCCACGUCGCAGUUCCUUACCGUCCUCCAGGCCGGCACCGAAGCCACCUCGGGCUCCGCUACCUUCACUACCACCUCUUACAAGUCUACGAUCAACUAAUUCAUUGAAUAAUUCGUACGUAGUCGUAUGAAUCCCAUUCUAUGAGAGCACCUAUGCUCUACACUGGCUAUCUUCCCUUUCGGCCACUUGUGGCGCGUCAGAUUGAACCUAAUCGUGAGAGGAAAUGACUGAAACAACAAGCUGCGCGGACCGGCUGAUUCCGGUCCAUGACGUCAGGCGCGGACAUGGAAUGACGAUGUCGACGGCGGUCUCGCAGCCACGAUGAUGGAAACGGACAACGGAACCUUUCCAUUCAUCAUCACGUAGUCGCCAUGGGACCAGCGCAGCGGGCGAGGCACGGCCUGCAAGCACGGAAAUUGCGGGUACACAUGGUCAUGCAUCAUGCGUAAGGGGUGCGAUGCGUCGUAGAAAAUCGCACGCGUGGAUCAUCUGCGGAAAACCAGCGGCAAGUAUAACAUGCGAGCGUCGUAACGGCGAGAUGCAUCUCGGCCAGGAGAGAGGAUUCACGCUUGGCGGAGAGUUCCGCAACCGAGAGACGCAUUACCGCACUGCGGCUCGCCCCUUUGACAGGGAGCACUCGAAGCUAAAAGGAUUCUGUCUCGCAACAGUCAAGCAACGUCAGGUAACGACCCUUACUUGUACAAUUGAGACAGACAAUUGCAAUGGAAGAACACAACAACCAUGCAGCUCAAGGUUUGAUGCUGUGAUUAGAUAAUUUUGGAUUACUGGAAGCACGUGGAUUGUUUUCAUCGACGUCGAUCACGACUUCAUCACAACCACACUUUUCUGCUGUUACGGCCUGCGCGUGCGGCAUCCCCUCCACACCUACAUGGUAGUUGGGAUCGACACCCCGCCCAUCUCUCAACAUAAUCCCCUACUUGUGUGAUGGCUGGCUUCCUCCGCAAAAAGAAGGUGGACCCGGGUCCGCCUCCAGCCGACAAUCCCCCGCCGCCGCCCCUUCUGAACGCCGCUCCGCCCCCCUUAUUCGCCCGCUUCGCCUCAAGUCUGCAAGCCCAGGAUGCCGCUCCGAAGACGACAGGGCCGCGUGUGUCAGGGCCGAUGUCAUUGGCGUCUGCCUCUCAACGCCACAACAAUCACACGGGCAGUAGUUCGAAGGCGGCCACGGGACAACAGCGUGAUGAGAUGAGGCAGUCACGACGGCCGGGUGAAACAGUCUACACGCAGCCUCAAAUACACUAUUCGCAAACUUCUGCUUCGAACGGCGGCGUACCUCCUCACUCGCGGCAUUCUCCGCCUCCCCGUUCACAGACGCUUCCCCAGCCGCCAUCCGCCUCGCCUGCCCCCGUGGAUCUUCCAAAUCGACGCCUCUCGCAUGUAGCCGACAAGCCGCUGCCCGCGUUGCAAUCGCGCAGCCCCGAUCCACUGGCAGCCCCUCCCCCUUCGUCCGCACUGCCCCCCAACCGACGUAUCUCCGCGCGUGGGUACCCGCAACCGGGCUCGGCGCCCCAGAGAUUCACGACGACAAACGGACGUGUCCAACCGGAGUUCUCCUCGCAAGGCCCGAUGGGCCGGUAUCCCAACGAGACGGGGGCACCGGAUUUCCGAAAUGCACACAAGCUCCCUGACGCAGGGGGUUCUGGUUCUGGUGCUCCGGUUGAAAUCGUUCCUGCUUCUGAGGCCAGGACCACCCCGGGUCUCGGCGCAAGCGAACCCCGACUUGGAUCGUUCGCGGCUUCAGGGACUUUGCGGACAGCCCCAUACGAGGAGUAUGACCCCUCAUUAUCAUCUGCUACGCAGCCAACAAACCCGGGAUACGCCAGUCCGUCUCCUGCUGCUGCUGCUCCCGACACACCCAUCAAGAACAACAUGGGCGUCACGCUCAGCUCGAUCGAUGUCCAGACCUAUCACGCUCACGGAUCCGCCAGAAACAAGCGGGUCUCUGCGCCCCCUGUGCGCGGGAAACCGCUCAUCUUUGCGGCGAUGGAACCCGCGACCGAGAAACCGCAGCUCACUCAUGAUCCGCGCAUGGCGUAUCCUUCCCCCCCUUCUGAAGCUGCCAUCCACCGCAUUCCUCCUUUGAAACCAGAGGACAACAACGCCAACCUGGGAUUUGACUUUGACUUGGACUAUAACUUUUCGAGGGCGCUGGAUGAUUGGGGCGACGCACGGCAGCAGGCCCAUGCACCACCACCGCUGAGGAUACCAAACGGAUUCCCAGCGAACGGGCCGCCUCCAGUUAGCCAGACAAAAUCAGGGGACAAGCUUUCGUCGCCGGUAAACGGAUUCUCCUCGCCCAUCUCAGCGCCUCCUCCCCCACUCUCGGUUCCCGUCUCAUUCAUCCCGACUCCUGCACCGCCUUCCCCUUCACCCUCCCCUCCUCGGCGCGUUUCUGUUGCCCGAUCUCCGAUGCGUGUCGGACCGCCACAAAUGCCGAAUGGAUUCGGUUCACCUCGCUCGCCACCCCAACAGAACUUGCCAGCACGCAGCCCCUCGCCUCCACCCAGGGCAGUAGAUGUCAGGCCACUUGAUGUCAGGCCAAUCGAGGUUAAACCGAUUGACGUUAAGCCGCCGACUGCGCAUCGCACGCUGGUGAAACCUCGGUCUACCACCCCGCAACGCAAGCCGAGCAUCCCCCAGAUCGUGCCUGAGGUGAACAGGCAGUCUAUGCUUCUGCUGGACGAGGAUCCGUUCGCCAAAAUCGAGGGGGUCAGGGUGAUGGCCCCCAGCGUCUCGUCGCCCGUGUCUUCCUCCGCUGAGGAGUCGCUGGAUGCCGAGGUGUCCGAGAAAGCAAGCGUGUCCGAGAAAGCUGCUGACCUGUCCGAGAGAGCAACUGUCGUGUCCGAGAACGCAACUGCUCCUUCGACCCCAGAGCGGACUGUCGCGUCGUUGCCAUCGGCACCGAGUUCUCCGGAAGAUUAUCGGGCGGCCCGGUCGCAGCGGCGCGGGAAUGUGCUCGAUAAGGCGCCACCCCCUUCGGUCCUCGGCGUCGAAGUGCGCGAAACCAGGAUCCCAGGUCCGUUUCCAUUAGCCUUGUUUGUGGCCCACCCCCAGCUGCUCACGGCACUGCUGCCGUAUCUGUCGUUCUACGAGUGGUGCAUCCUGUCUGCCGUCUCCAAGGAGAUCCGAAUCACAUUCGUCGGGACGAAGGAUCUUCGCGAGGCUGCUCUGGAGCGGUAUCUGAGGACUGUCGGUUAUGCACGGUGGACAUGGGCUGAUCCGGACCCUCUUGAGCUGACCCUUCUGGACUUGCAUGACUACAUGCGCGGUGUUUCGUUGCCCAGUCACGAAUAUUCCAGGGUUGCAGAUGCUUACGUUCAGUCAUUCAACCUUCCUCCAGAUGUCAGGGAUCCUGUUCAUCUCACGAUGGCUCGCAGCCUGACUUCUUCGACGAGGGCCUACACCCGUGUUGUGCUGCGGCUGAGAGCGCAAGCUGAGAGGGAGGCGAGCGAUGCUGCUGCGCUCAAGUACUCGAUGCCUCCUCCCAGGAGAAUCGUCAGCAACGGGUACUCAUCCAGUCGAUCCAGUCCUUCGAGAACCUCCAGCCGCGCACCCUCGCCCACUCCCUUCGGGGGCAGUCACCACUCCCACCCCGGACACGCUGCUCCCUUCCGUUCUCCUCUGUUCAAAUUGCGGCGGGCCCCGCUGUUGAGGGUAUUCGUCCCCUCGCCCGAUGGAGAUUGGUUGUCAGACAAGAGCGUUCUGGAAUGCGAAGCGGAACUGAAGCGCGCUGGUGUGCUCAACUUGCUGCGCGUCGGGGAUGUUGUGUGGGAUAUUGCAGUCGGCGAUGAAGGCAACGUAGGAAGACUAAUCUGGGAUGGCAGCUAUCUGAUUGAUCUGGACUACAAAUACUCUGCGGUCGGCGAUCUUCCCCAGUAUCUCCCCACUCUGGCCUUCCCGCCGUCCUACUUUCACCGUGUCAUCCGCACGGGACCGACGUCCACCAAUCCCGUCGCGCACAUGGACAUUUCACCCUGGGGACACGAGAUUGCGGCCAAUCUGCAGUUACUACAGGAUCGCAUCCGCACGGAGACACCACAAGGAAACGUGCACAACGUCGUUCGAUGGGUGCACCGAUCCUCGUUCGUCAUCCGGCCUCCCGCCAGAAACCGUGCGUCGAUGUCGCCCAGCCGCGGCUCACGCCCAGAGUCACCACGGAUCCCGAUUCCCGAGUCAGCUGGUCUGUUUGUUGAUCCGGGAUGGUACGGCACGAUCGUCGUCGAGACGGAGGGAACGAAUGAAGCGCUCGCGGACCUGCAGGACCGGUGCCCGGGUGCAUUCCCGCCGCGAGCUGGCGGGCAGCCGACGGUCGUUCUGAAGGAAGCCAAGGAUGCGAGGAAAGUUUGGAAGAUCCUAAGAGAAAAGAGUCGCCCAGCGGAAAUCUGGAUCCGUGCGGUUGGCCCGAAAGAGCGUCUUUUCUGAAGUAAACGGAUACAUAUCCGAGACUGUAUUGCAUCUGUUACUUAUCAUCUUCUUUAUAUCAUGCACGGACUGUACUUAUACACAAUGGUGUAAUGACCGUAGAGAGUGUAUCCAACCGCAACGUUUCCAUGGCCGCACAUAGC